GCUCUUAAUAUCAAUACUUGUACAGUGAGUUGAGCUGCUCUGUAUGUUAACAUGAGCAGGAGAGCUCCCAGAGCCAGGGCUACAUCACUGCCUGACUCAGACCCAGGUGACAAAUCAACCGUGGUCCUGAAGAAAGAGAUCGGACUGCUUAGUGCGUGUGGUAUUAUUAUUGGUAACAUCAUUGGUUCCGGGAUCUUCGUGAGUCCAAAGGGUGUUUUGGAAAAUUCUGGUUCAGUUGGUGUGGCUCUUAUACUGUGGCUUUUCACGGGUCUCAUCACUGCUGUCGGUGCCCUGUGCUAUGCUGAACUAGGUGUCACUAUCCCAAAAUCUGGGGGCGACUAUUCCUAUGUAAAUGACAUCUUUGGCGGGCUUGCUGGGUUUCUAAGGCUGUGGGUUGCCUUGUUGGUCAUCUAUCCAGCUACCCAGGCUGUGAUUGCUCUUACCUUUGCCACGUAUGCAUUGCAGCCUCUCUUUCCAUCCUGUUUGCCUUCAGAUAAAGCCUUGAGUCUGCUUGCUGCAGUCUGUCUGUUGCUGUUAACUUGGAUUAACUGCUUUAGUGUUCGCUGGGCAACACGAGUGCAGGAUGUAUUUACUGCAGGAAAGCUGCUUGCCCUCGGUCUCAUCAUCAUUAUGGGCAUCGUGCAGAUCUGCAAGGGUCAUUUUUAUUGGUUGGAACCUGCAAAUGCAUUUCACCCUCUGCAGCCGUAUGAACUGGGGCACAUUGCACUCGCUCUCCUCCAGGGCUCCUUUGCUUACGGAGGCUGGAACUAUCUAAACUAUGUAACUGAAGAGCUUAUUGACCCCUACAGGAAUCUGCCUCGUGCCAUCUUCAUCUCAGUCCCGCUGGUCACUUUUGUCUAUAUUUUUGUGAACAUAGCAUAUAUUACAGCCAUGAGCCCUCAGGAGCUGUUGGCCUCCAAUGCUGUUGCUGUGACAUUUGGUGACAAGUUGCUUGGAGUGAUGUCCUGGAUCAUGCCCAUUUCUGUGGCUCUGUCCACCUUCGGGGGGGUUAACGGUUGCCUUUUCACCUCAUCAAGGUUGUUCUUUGCUGGUGCAAGAGAAGGCCAUCUUCCCCGUCUGCUGGCAAUGAUUCAUGUGAACCGAUGCACUCCCAUACCAUCUCUUAUCUUCACUUGUAUAUCAACUCUGCUGAUGUUGUGCACCACUGACAUAUACACUCUUAUCAACUAUGUUGGCUUCAUUAAUUAUUUGUUUUAUGGAGUCACUGUGGCUGGGCAGAUUGUGCUUCGUAUUAAAAAGCCAGAUAUCCACCGUCCAAUAAAAGUGAGCUUGGUAUGGCCGGUCAUCUACCUGAUUGUUUGGGCAUUCUUGCUGAUCUUCUCUAUAUACUCUGAACCUUUGGUUUGCUUUAUUGGUCUGGGCAUCAUGCUGUCAGGCGUUCCUGUGUAUUUUAUUGGCGUCUAUUGGAAAAACAAGCCCAAGUGCUUCAGUUCUUUUAUUGAUAAAAUGGCAUGCUUGGGCCAGAAGUUGUGCAUGGUGGUGUAUCCUGCUGAGGAUGAAGGCAAAAAAGAUGAUGGUGAGGAAAAGGAGACUGCUGCGUAGAUGUCACUUUACUGGAAUAUCUAUGGAUUUUGACUUAUCUGACUUAUCUGCAUCUGAGUGUGAAAAUGACAGAAAUGCACACAGCAUGGAGACUAAUUUAUUAAAAAAUAAACAUUAUGCUUCAUGGGUAGUACUGACCUUAAUAGUUCACCCAAAGGUUAUACUAAAUAAUAUCCUAUAUGAAUAUAAUAACCCAUCACCACAUUUGUUUUUCAUGGAUGGAUGCGCUUUUGGGGGCUUUAAAAAUCGGGCACUAUCUAAUGCCAUAUAAAGCUGAAAAGAGCAAGGAUAUUUUUUAAUAUGACUCUGGUUAUGUUUGACUGACAGAAGAAAGUCAUACACCUAGGAUGGCUUAAAAAGAUGCUAAUUUUCAUUUUGGGGUGAGCUAUUCCUUUAAUAAUCUUCAUUGGUGCAAUACUGCCACCUACCUGUAAGAUUAUGAAAUGCACUGAAUAUUGUAUUACAAUUGGUGUUGUGUCCUCUAAAAGUGUUUGUUUUUUUGUAGGUGAAAUUCAUUGUUAAUAAACAUUUGUCAAAUGCU